ACUCAUUAUAUUAUCAUGUGACACCGAUUAGUACAUAUUACAAUCUAUAAUAGAGUGCGGUAUUGUGCCGGUUGCAUUAAAAACCUCAACUUAUUACUUGUUUACUUCAGGAAUAGAAGUCCUGAAAAAUGGCCCCAGCAGCCACGAACCUUAAACCCUACCUAAACGAUGACCCAAUUGGAAUCAAUGCCGUUCUCCUCGGACCUCCGGGCUCCGGCAAAGGGACACAGGCUCCCCUUCUAAAAAAAAAGUACUGUGUUUGUCACCUGUCUACUGGGGACAUGCUCCGCGCUGAGGUGGCCUCUGGAUCUGAACUCGGACGGAGCCUGAAAAAGACCAUGGAUGAGGGGAAACUGGUCUCUGACGAGAUGGUGGUUGAUAUGAUUGACAAGAACCUGGAUGCCCCAGAGUGCAAGAAUGGCUUCCUGCUUGAUGGCUUCCCUAGGACGGUCCCACAGGCUGAGAAGCUGGAUGAACUACUGCAUAGAAGGAAAACUGGUCUGGAUGCCGUGAUUGAGUUCAACAUCAGCGACAGCCUGCUGGUGAGACGGAUCACCGGCCGCCUCAUCCACCCGCCCAGCGGCCGCAGCUACCACGAAGAGUUCCACCCUCCGAGGAAGCCCAUGACUGAUGAUGUCACAGGUGAACCUCUCAUAAAAAGAUCUGACGACAAUGUGGAUGCACUGAAGAAGCGCUUGGCCACCUACCACUCCCAGACAGUUCCUCUUAUUGACUAUUACAUGAGGAAGGGGCUUCACUAUCGAGUGGACGCCGCACAGGCAGCCGACAAUGUCUUCUGUCGCAUUGACAACAUCUUCAAGAGUCAGAUCUUUUCUAGGGCUAAGAACUAGUGUCAACUUUCUUAAGAAUAAAAUUUUGUACAAAUGUUUUUUUUAAUAAACAUCAUUGGUUAUCGAUUGUUUGUUAUGAGGUGUUGUAGAGAUACUUCGUAAAAUAUUGGAGAUACUUUUGCUCUGGUGAAUACAGUUAAUGGAUCAUUA